AUGCGCCGUCGUGCCUUGCCGCCGAUGGCGCCGGCUGCCUCCUGGAAUCGUUUUGGGACGAGACAUGGGAAGGCACUGGCAGUGGCUUUGGCAACAGGCUUGGUGUUCUCAGCUUCGACGGGCUUCGCGGCUUCUGCCAGCGCUGACGAGAGGAUUCCUCUGGACAGCCUCAAGGUUGGAAUGGAGGUGGAUGCCCAGAUCCUCUCAAAGCACAGAUUUAGUGGCUGGUUUGUCAACGUCGGUUCUGAGAAGCCCGCCUUCCUGGAAUUUGAGGAAGCCUGCGAUGGCUUCCCGAUGGAGGGAAUGUCCACGUGGCUUCGCGGAUCCACGCUGACGGCCCGCGUCCUGGAGAAUGACGGCGAAAAGAUUUGGCUGACCAAACGCAGCGGCAGUUUGGAGCGUCCCGAGCGCUUUCGAGUAUCUCCUGAUGAAAGUCAGAUAGCAGAGUUCAGUGGAAUCUCACCGACCGAAUGGGUCGACGCUGUGGUCUGCGGCAUGUUCCCUAAAGGAGCAUGGGUAAAGAUGACGGCGCCAUCUACGCGAAGUGAUUUCCGUUCCCUGCUGCGAAAAGAGCACUUUACGGAGUCCUUUGUAGAGCAGAGCCACGUCGGUAUGAAGAUCAAGGUGCGAGUGCUGAAGGUCGACGCGGGUCAGAAGCAGCUCUCCCUCAGCAUGCUGGAGCCAUCGGAGACUCCAUCGCAGGUGUAG